CUCCAACGCCCAAUCCAAAAGAGCCUCCUCCCGCAACAGGCCGAACAACCCUUUACUAAUUAGCCCACCACCGCCCAUGGGGUGGACGGUCAUCUUGGAGGUCACCAAUGCCUGGAGCAUGACGGGGGCGCCUGUUGGGGGUUUUUGGUUAGGGUUUUGGAGCAGCUAGUGGACGCGUGGUGCCGCUAUGGAUGCAAGAUCCAAGAUGAAGAAGAGGAGGCUGGAGGAGGAACAGCGCCGUGAGCAAGAACUGCCGGUGCCGACGACCCGGGGCCCGGAUCUGCUCAGCCGCCUCCCCGACGACAUUCUUGACAGCAUCAUCACCCUCCUCCCGGCCAAGGACAGCGCCCGCACCCAGAUCCUGUCGCGCCGGUGGCGGACCUUCUGGCGCAACGCGCCUCUCAACCUUGAGGCCAACAUCAGUUACAAGAACCUAAACAAGGACGCGCACAUGGCCUCCAUCUGCAGCCUGUUGAGCAGGCACGAGGGCCCUCUCCGUCGCUUCUCACUCACCUGUCAACUAGCGGGCAACGACUUCCAGUUGGUCGACACAUUGAUGCAAUCUCCCAGGAUCAACGACUUCCUGGAGUUGGAGAUUUGUUCAUACAGUUUACUUCCGCCGUCUCUGCUCCGUCUCCUGCCUGCAGUCCGGGCCCUGCACUUGUACAAGCGGACUGCAUUUUCCCAGGAUCUCAUUUUCCCAGACCUCAACCAGCUCACGCUCCCAAAUUGCAGUCUCAAUUUCCCCAACCUCAAGCACCUCACACUUGCCAAGGUUCAUAUAUCUGGGACUGCUCUUCAUGCCGUCCUGUUGGGAUGCCCUGUCCUGGAGAGCUUGGUUCUAGAUGGUAACAUCGGUUGCCAUCGUCUACAGAUCAGCUCCCUGAACCUUCGAAGUCUUGGGGUGUCGGUUGGUGUGGUCUUGGGGGAAAAGUUGCAAGAGCUCAUUGUUGAGGACGCCCCUCUCCUAGAAACGCUUAUCCCACAGCCUCCAACUUAUGGUCUGGUGAUCCGGGUUAUUCAUGCACCCAAACUGAAGACAUUGGGCUAUCUACAUGAUGACAUCCCCAUAUUUCAGCUUGGAACCAUGCUUUUCGAGAAAAUGGUGCCUAUUAUUAGCCUGCCCAAUGCGAUGCGCACUGUGAAGACUUUGGCCCUCCUCACUGCUCCUGAUCUGGAUCUUGUCACUGGCUUCUUAAAAUGCUUUCCAUGCGUGGAGAAGUUAUACAUUGGGUCAUAUACUCGGAUACUUACGAAGAAUGAACAAACCUAUGCUCCACUCGAAUGCCUUGAUCGGCAUCUCAAGAAGAUGCAGAUAAUAAAUUAUGAGGACAACAGUGCAGAUGUAAAUUUCGUCAAGUUCUUCAUCUUAAAUGCCAGAGUGCUUGAAGCUAUAAAGUUUGUAGUCCGUCAAGGCCAGUGUGGUACAAAAUGGAUUGCCAGACAACAUAAGAAGCUAGAGGUAGAUGGCAGAGCUUCUCGAGGUGCUACAUUUUAUUUUGAAGCUGAUCCUAAACAUAGGUUGUCUUGUUUGGUACACAUGAAGCACAUCCAUGAUUUGGCUUCGGACCCAUUUGAUGAAUCAUUAUGUAGAUGCCCUGGUGAUCGUAUCUUUUGACGCUAUUUUAUGGGUCAGACAAUUUGGUAAGCCAAUUCCACAUGAUUAUUUUACAUAGCGAAAAUCUCUAAGAUUGUUUGUUGGUGGCCAGUGCUAUUGUCAAAAAGCUAUAGCCUUUUUAUGUGUUUAAGUGGAAACCUGCAACCUUUUACGUUGCGAUAGAAGUUUGAAUCAUAUAUUGAUCAGUUUGUGUAGCUUGUUUCUGCUGUUUUCAUAAAGUAAGGUCUUGAGUGCCUCCUUGCCAAUUCAUGACUAAA